AAAAACCAAGCUAACAAUCAGCAGUGAGGGGCGAGUGGAGAAUAAAAUGCUGUGGAUCAGACGUAAUUUAUAAAAAUAAAUUAUAUAGAACAUUGGAGGUAAAAAAUUCUGCUUAAAUUUUAUCAGGUGUAAUUGUAAAUAUAGAAGCAGUAAUUAAAUGGAUCAAGAUGUUGAGUAAUAAAAUAAACUGUUGGAUGUGUAAUUUAUGAGUAAUUAAAUUGAACGAUGUCAUCCAGUGGACUGAUGGUGUCUCAAGGAGGUUCAAAUCUCCCGGCUCCUGUCCUUGGUACUGAUACUCCGGAGGAGAGUUCGAAUAAACUGACAACGUUCUUACAUAAAUUAGCUGGGUAUACUGAUGAAGAAGUCAAUGCGAUUUUGAAGGAACAUUGUUAUGCUAGACCAUGGAACUGGAGACCAGAGAAUAUUUAUGUCAAGCCUACGAAGAAAAUAUUUUUUUCAAGGAAACCAGAGCUGAUUCGGGACAAGUCAAUCCAAGGUGAUGUGAUAGACGUAGUGAAUGUUGAUGCUCCAGAAGAAUUAUCUCUGCCCUGUGAUCUAACAAAAGCACGCCAGUGUACGGAGGAAUUAGAAAAGUUGGCGAGCUUCGCACGUCCGGAUGGCAGCAACGAUGACUGGGAGGAGAAGAUUGAAAAAAAUUUCUGGUCUCCAGUGCAGAGGAGAAUAUUUACACGUAUUUUUAUGAUCAUCAAUUCUGAGCGUUUGAACAGACUUGCCAAGGUCGAUGAUCAACUGGAGCUGGUGUAUCGUCGUACGUCAGUCGAUUCGUCGGCUAAAAGAUUCCGCGAAGUGAUGGCUUCCAUUGGCUGGGAUUACAGAAUAGUCCAGUGGUUACACGGUCUGUUUAUGGACAAUUUAUCCCGCGAUAGUCUUGUAAUUUAUUUUGACAUUCUCCAAACACUGAGAGCCAAAAUACCUCAGCUGAUUGAUCGAAUGAUUGCGCCAGUGCCUAAUGCCGUUGUCAAGCCGGGAUCAAUACCACUGGAGUCACUCAACGCGGUUCUGAAACGCUCAUGGGAUCCACUGGCAACUUGUAUGAAUAAUAAUCGCCCGAAAAAAUUACCUGGUAAUCCUAUUUUAAUCGUCGUACCCUCGGGAAUAAAUAAUGUCUCUCCACGUCAGCAUAAAUGGAUCACGCAACUGGGAGCACUUGGAAUGCUGGUGACCGUCCAUUCACAUUUAGGACUAGCUGCCAACAAAAUGACAAUGAUGACGUGCCUUGAGCAGCUGGUCCAAGCAACGCGUGCUAAAAUUCAGGAUAUGAGGGGUGAUUGUCCAGGAAGACCGAUUAUUCUAGUGGGUUUCAACUCCGGCGCUGCUUUGGCUUGUCAAGUAGCACUUCUGGAGCACGUCACCGCGGUUAUAUGUCUGGGUUUUCCUUUUGCGACAGUCGAAGGUAAAAGAGGUCUGCCAGAAGACACUCUGAUGGACAUCAGGUGUCCUAUCAUGUUCAUAAUCGGGCAAUCUGCCACUCUGGUAAGACCAGAUGACUUGGAAAAUAUACGAGAAAAAAUGCUCGUUGAAAGCACUCUAGUUGUUGUCGGCACUGCUGAUGACAGUCUGAGGAUAUCGACCAGCAAAAAAAUUACUGAAGGAAUUACCCAGAGUAUGGUAGACCGUUGCAUCAUGGAUGAAAUCGCAGACUUUAUUGGCGGCAUUCUUUUACAACCACAUCCACUACCUCUACGUCCGGCUGGGCUUUUAAAUCUUGAUAAGAACAAAAGAGAACCACGCAAGCGUAAAAUUUCGACCAGCAGUUCCGUUGACAGCGAGUCGAAUUUCCCAAAUGUACAGAAAAAACCCCGUCCAGUAAGUGGGACAAAUAAUGUCGCCCAUAAUUCAGUUCCAAGGCGUAAAUCCAAGAUGAUGAAUUCCCAAAAGGUAAAUCCUGACCAAUUGCUAUCUAGACAAACAGUUCAGCUGAAUUCAAAUUCAUCGAAUGGAAUCACACUAAAUAUUGGAUCGAUGGCAAGUCUGAGUCCUGUUGGUCCAAUAAGAUUGCCCGCUGGACCGGCGAAUCAACCAAACAAUCCAGUAAAGUCUAAUUACAAUUCAAAUUCAAAGACACCUGUUUCAUUCAGCAAAGUACCAAAAAUGAUGCAACCCAACAACCAGCAAAAUUUAACGGGAAAAUUAAAAACAAUUGCGCCGAUAAAUAAACCAUUGAGUAAAACUGUCCCUGGUAAUUACAAGCCCAUGGAAAAAUCAGAGGCUAAACUCGUCACGGUGUUGACGUCAAAUGGCAAUCAAGUGCGCGUAGCAACACCUACUUCGGGCGUUAUAAAUAAACCGGGAACUGGAGGCACUCUGACGGCAUUACUUCACAGUAGGAAAAAUUCGAGCGACAAUUUAUCUGAAGGAAGAGUUACCAAUUCGUCGGUAUCAAUGAAUUCCAGCGGAUCCAAUACGAGUACUGCGACAAUCACAUCUACAACCGCAAAAGCGAUGGAGUGUGCAGGCCAAGGCGCAAAUUUAAAUAUAAAUAAUUCACUCAGCAUCACACGAGUCGACGACAGUACUGCAGCCAAUGACAACAAAAGCUCGAUAACAAUAUUGCCGUGGUCGAGCAAAAUUAAAAAUUCAUUUAAAAGCGACAACGAUUUGCCGAAAAUAACACCCGUUGGUAACAAAAAUUCAUGGGAAAAAACAAACCAACAGCAAGCGACAUCAUCAUUAAAUAAAAGUAAUCCACCAUUAGAAAUUAAUGAUGACGAUCUAGGAAAUAUUUUAGACAUACCAAUAAUAUUUGCUAAAGACGAUGAUAAUUUGAAUGCUAUUGAAAAAUCACCGAUAUCUUUACCUCUAACUACCAGCAGUGAAACCGGACAGCAGAAAAUAAAUAAAAUAAAUCCAACAAAAGUCGUUUUGCUGAGUAAUAAAGAAAGCAAAGUGUAUCACCGUCCACCUAAAGCAACUCCGACGAAUAAAACUGACCAGGAUCAAAGUCAGCAAGACAGUCUUGUAAAUCGCGUUAUCUUUCAACGACGGAUGCAAAAUUCAACGAUGUCUUCGGUGAACUGGAACAGCGCACCGCGUAAUCAAACUUCAGCUCCACAAUCAGGAGCCAAUCAGGCUCUAAUGAAAUAUACUAAAAUAAUUCUAUCAAAACGACAGAAUCCCAGUACGUCGACGACAAAUUAUACUGACCAGGUUGUGUUGACGAAAAAUACUCCACGCAAACGUCUGUCUUCCCAAACGAUCGUUGGUGAUAAAAACCAACCGGGAUUCGCUGGAGCUUCAGCACCCGUUAAAAUGAUAUCUGGAUCUGAAGACAAAUGUAAUAAUGAUGAUGAUAAUAAUGAUAAUAAUAUUGUACAAACUAAAACUAGUGAUUGUAAGUUGUUCGAUGAAUCAGACAUUAAUGAUUAUAAUUAACGGAGUGAAUAUUUUAUUAUAAGUGUAAUAAAAGAAUUUAAUUGUUUAAAAUUUUCAUUUGAUUUCAGUCUGUUGAUUUUUUACUUCUUUCGCAGUUAUAAGUUUCUAAUCGUUAUUUUUAAUUAUAAUUAAUUCGUAUAUUUAUACUCUAAUUAGAGUUAGAUGUAACUGACAUUUUAAUUACCUGAGACUGUUAUAAAAAUUGAUAAUUAUGUUA